CGUGCGUUUUCUCAUCUCUCAAUACAAAGCGGGAGUUUCCGUGUUAACAGAAGAGACCCCGCCAGUGUCCUUUUUGGGAGUUCGAAAUGCUCCGGGGGACCAUAAGGUACAGUCCGUAAUGGAACCUCGCACGAAGGACGCACAUGGACCACUUGACAGCGACAAUGACGCGGACCCUGACUGUACUCGCUUGCGUGUUUACUUUCGUCCAAAGCGGCGCGUGUGCGGACGCGGAGGAGCGGCUGAUGAACUGGCUGCUGGGUAAAGGCCGCUACAACAAGCUGAUCCGGCCGGCCGUCAACCGCACCGAGCGCGUCACCAUCCUCCUGCAGGUGUCCCUGGCCCAGCUCAUCAGCGUGAAUGAACGAGACCAGGUGAUGACCACCAACGUGUGGCUAACUCAGAACUGGAAUGAUUACCGUCUGUCCUGGAACCCGGCGGAGUACGAGGGCAUCGACAAGCUGCGCAUCCCCUCCCGCCACAUCUGGCUGCCCGACAUCGUGCUCUACAACAACGCUGACGGCACGUACGAGGUGACGGUGUUCACCAACGCCAUCGUGCUCUUCAACGGCAGCAUCGCCUGGCUACCGCCGGCCAUCUACAAGAGCGCCUGCAAGAUCGAGGUCAAGCACUUCCCCUUCGACCAGCAGAACUGCACGCUCAAGUUCCGCUCCUGGACCUACGACCACACCGAGAUCGACCUGGUGCUCAAGUCCGAGGUGGCCAGCAUGGACGACUUCACGCCCAGCGGCGAGUGGGACAUCCUGGCGCUGCCCGGGCGGCGCACGGUCAACCCCAACGACCCCACCUACGUGGACCUCACCUACGACUUCCUGAUCAAGCGCAAGCCGCUGUUCUACACCAUCAACCUCAUCAUCCCCUGCAUCCUCAUCACCUCGCUGGCCAUCCUGGUCUUCUACCUGCCGUCGGACUGCGGCGAGAAGAUGACCCUGUGCAUCUCCGUGCUGCUGGCGCUCACCGUCUUCCUGCUGCUGAUCUCGAAAAUCGUGCCGCCCACCUCGCUGGACGUGCCGCUGAUCGGCAAGUACCUGAUGUUCACCAUGGUGCUGGUCACCUUCUCCAUCAUCACCAGCGUGUGCGUGCUCAACGUGCACCACCGCUCGCCCAGCACCCACACCAUGCCCGCCUGGGUCAAGCUGGUGUUCCUGGUCAAGCUGCCCGCGCUGCUCUUCAUGCGGCGCCCGCACAACAGCUCGGCGCGCCAGCGGCUGCGCCAACAGAGGCGGGCGCGGGAGCGGCGCGGGCUCCUGGGGCUGAGCUACGGCGGGGCGCCAACGCUGCCCUCCGUGCCCGCCAUCUCGGCCUCGUCCGCCGCGCUGCUCACCUCGGCCUUCUCGUCGCCCGGCCACUUCUACAAGAGAGGAGGGAUGGACUGGGGCUCUAACGUGGACGAGGCGGUGGACGGAGUGCGCUAUGUAGCUGACCGCAUGAUGGGGGACGAUGAUGACCAGAGCGUGAUCGAGGACUGGAAGUACGUGGCCAUGGUGGUGGACCGGCUCUUCCUGUGGAUCUUCGUGAUCGUGUGUGUGUCGGGGACGCUGGGGCUCUUCCUGCAGCCGCUCUUCCAGAGCCACAUCGUGCCGCUGCCACACACCGAGGCCGCCGGCAGGAGCGGCAUGUGACGGGACGACGUGAGGGGCGGCGUGACGGGCGUGACUGAUGUGUGUGUUCGUGUGACGGAAGUGACAAACGCGACGGAGGUGACAGAGUGGCGGACAUGACAGG